UCGCUCUAUACUUUUAGUGAUGUGCGGCAAUCUUGCGGCACUCAUCGCGCAUUUAGCUUAAGCACAAUGUGCGAACCAUUACGCGGCAAGCAAAUUUGCCGGAAUUUUUACCUCAUUCACUAAGCCUGAUUAACAUCAAAAUCAGUUUGCAAUUCAGAAUGUCGGCAUUAGAAGAAAACCCAACACAAGUCUCCCAAUUAACCGACACCGGAAAUCCUUCCGCGAAAAACAGCGAAAAACGGUUGUUUCCCUCUUAUUCAAAGAUCGCUGCCGGGUUUCAAAAUAUUCCGGUAAAAAAACAAUUUUUUUGGAAACCAAGUGAUAGUGGUGAUAUUGAACUAGUUGGUGCGAGAUUAUCCGAAAACUUUUGCCACCGAAAGGAAUUUCCAACGUCUUUGGCAUUUUUUUGUGAUAUUUGCGGUGCUAACCCAAUUGAAAGGGCCAUAAAGCUCAAUCAGCAGGAACGUGUCGCUGCUAAAGUUGUUUUGAAGAUCUUUUCCAGACUCGAUCUACGAAACAUUGCACCGCAGCUCACUCCGGAGAAAGCUUGCAGCGGAUGCUUCACGCAGAUUACCCUCUUCAGGAAACGUAUCAAAGAGAAACUAGUAAAACAUAAGGUAAAACGGACACAAAACAUGAAUAAUCAUGACCCGCAGUGUACUUGCGUGAACUGCUACAACCAAUGUAGAGAAUUGUGGAAUCCGCCCCCAUUGCAAGCCUCAGGUAGUCGAGACUUCCAGAAUAUUUCUGCGAUAAACCCACCGCUGGAUUUAGAAACAUUAUUGCCACCAAUCCAAACUUCUUAUGAGACUCAACAGGAACCCAUGCAAACUGAAUUUCCCUCUUAUGCGUAUCAGUGGCAACAGACAAAUUUCAAUUCGGGUGAGGCGGCUGGAUAUUUCGCUCAACAACAAUCUGCUCAACAUAGUCAACAACCCCAAGAUGUGUUCUCAAAUAUUCAAAGCAAUAUCAAUGUUCCUUCAACAAAUUUAGAUGAGGGUUCAAGUCUUCCAGUGUCGCUUCAAAACUUCGAAAGUCAUGGCCUGAGAGAUCGAGAUCAGCCGUCUACAUCGCAAGGGUUUACAGGGCAGUUGGAAGACGAGCCGAAUUCCAGGAAAAUUAGAAAAGUCUGCUGUCAUUGCUCAAAAGAAUUUACCCACACUGGAGACUUUAAGAAACACUUGAGAACUCACACAAAGGAGAGGCCGUUUUCGUGUUUGCAGUGCGAUAAGUCGUUUCCUCAUAGCUCUAAUCUGCGAAGACACCAACGUAGCCAUAUCAACGAUCGGCCUUACAAGUGUGAACAUUGCGCAAAGGAGUUUAAUAGAAAGGACAAACUUGUGAGUCACAGGAAGAGUAAAGCUUGUAAAAGUCGGAGACAUGAAGAUAGCAAAUAAAUUUCUAUUGAUUAAUAA